GCAGUGGAGAGCUGUCAAAGCGAGCAGGGGUAGCGCCAGGAGUGGGAGCGCCGCACAGUGUCAAGUCCCGGGCUGCAGCUGCCUUCUCGAGGCUCCUGGUCCCCAAGCACCAGCUACGACCAUGAACGGCGAGGAGCAGUACUACGCAGCCACGCACCUUUACAAGGACCCUUGCGCGUUCCAAAGGGGCCCAGUGCCGGAGUUCAGCCCCAGUCCCCCAGCAUGCCUGUACAUGAGCCGUCAACCCCCACCGCCGCCGCCCUCCCAGUUCCCCGGCUCCCUGGGAGCACUGGAGCAGGGAAGUCCCCCGGACAUCUCCCCGUACGAGGUGCCCCCCCUUGCGGAAGAUCCGGCCGUGGCGCACCUCCACCACCACAUCCCUGCCCAGCUCGCGCUCCCCCACCCGCCCGCUGGGCCCUACCCGGAUGGAACGGAGCCGGGGACCCUGGAGGAGCCCAGUCGAGUUCAACUACCUUUCCCAUGGAUGAAGUCCACUAAAGCUCACGCGUGGAAAGGCCAGUGGGCAGGAGGUGCCUACGCGGCGGAGCCCGAGGAGAACAAGCGAACGCGCACCGCCUACACGCGCGCGCAGCUGCUGGAGCUGGAGAAGGAGUUCCUAUUCAACAAAUACAUCUCGCGGCCGCGCCGGGUGGAGUUGGCGGUAAUGCUGAACUUGACCGAGAGACACAUCAAGAUCUGGUUCCAAAACCGCCGCAUGAAGUGGAAAAAGGAGGAAGACAAGAAGCGCGGCAGCGGGACUGCGACCGCGGGUGGCGGGGGCGCGGAGCCUGAGCAGGACUGCGCUGUGACCUCGGGCGAGGAGCUUCUGGCGCUGCCACCUCCGCCACCUCCCGGGGGGGCUGUGCCACCCGCUGCCCCUUCUGUCGCCCGAGAGGGACGCCUGCCGCCCGGUCUUAGCGCGUCGCCGCAGCCCUCCAGCGUCGCGCCUCGGCGGCCGCAAGAACCCCGGUGAGAAGCAAGGGCUGCUCCCUACCCGGCGGCUUCGACCACUCGCAGAGCAGGGGGGAGGGGAGCGGGCCUAGGAUCCCGCGAGUGGAUAGGGACCCUGGUAGUUGGAUGGGGUAGGAACUGUGGGGCCCACCCUAAACCGGAGUGGAGAACCUGUACUUCCAGGCUCCGGUGCCAGGGAGGGCGCCGCAGGGAAGAUGCUGACACAUCUCCUGGAAGAAGACACCUUAGUUUUUGUAAUAUUUGGGACCUCUGUCUAUUGAUGUGGUGUGAUUGACGGUUUGCGCGACUGCUGCGCACAUUCCCUCCGCGCCUCCAGCACUCCUUCCUAGGACCUAUUUAGAGAAGCCAACUCGAAAAAAAGUACUCGAAAGUGUACAAAUUGGAACGCUCCGCAAUAUACAGCAGGCAAGCUUGACUGGGUGCCUUAAUCUGUCCAGAAACAAAACCAAUCUUACUCCGACGACCACUUUUAGAAAUAAAAGGAAACGUUUGAGGUUUCAAAGAUCCAGUGAUAUUGUUGUCUAUGACAUAGAAUGAGUCCUCUUCCUCCCUCCUCCUCCUCAAGCCAAAUACCUCCUUGGCAUACACCCUUCAACCUGCACCUCUUGCCCCUGAAGAAAAGAAAAUUCUUUCAAGUCUGUCUGGGCAGCUGCAGGGUUGGAGCGAAAGUACAGUGCAAGCAGAGUCCCUGGGAGCCCCAGUUGGCCCUACGCAGCUGGGAUACCCGCGCUGAUGUCCUCGAGUGGUAAGGGAAAAGAAAGAUGGAUCCUUGAGAGACCGACCUCUAAACUAAAGAUAUUUGAAAUUUUCUAUUUAAGAUGUGAAUUUAGUUCCUGAUCUUAGGGCAGGCAAGCAGGGUGACCUGGUGCACCUUGUAAACAAAACUACUAUUCACAGAGCCAGUAUGAUUUCAUAUCUUUAGAAAUCAUGAAAAUGUAGGUGACUGGAGUGUUUGAAAAACUGGUUCUUUUAUUUAAAGUUUUAACAUUUCCUAGGGUUUUUUGUUUGUUUUUACAAACAGUUCUGUAGUUUCCAGCUCAAUUCCUCCUUUCAAAAUCAGGGUGUUGUGUUCAGGCUGUUUGUGGAAACUGCUUAAAAAAUAUGGAUAAUACGAGAAGAAAUGAAAGUCGAUUCUCCUUGCUUUGCUUCAACCCUUUCCUACAGGAUGAUGAUUCCAAUUCAUUUUGUUGUUAGAUUUUUUUUUUUUUCUGAACUAACCAGGGGAAAGCAGAUAAUGAAGAAGCAUCACACUUGGGUUUUGAGUUGGAGCAGCAUAUGGGUGGUGGAUUUCCUUUUCUGUUUUAAGAGUCCUGUUCUUGAGAUGGCUUUGGCCGGCAACAGAGCCCGGGGCAUCCAGAGUUGGGAUUGCCAGUGGCUAACACUGAAUGCGGUCAGAACCAAAGCAGCACACCGAAGGCAGGAAUCUGGCUAGUGUCUUGGACCUCUUCUUUCACCAACCUCUUCUUUCCCCUUUACGCACAAGCUACCCUAUGGGCUGAUGGGCGAGGCUUUUUUCCAUGACUCCUUCAAACAAAGUGUUUCUUUGGAUAAGUCUCUACCCCCAGAAACCCAAUAUGAGGAAAGUCUAUAAAAGGCAACAAUGCCCUGAUUUAGUGGGUUUCUAACCUCUAGUGCCACCCUGUUUCUCCGCAGCUCUCCAAGGGCGUUUUAUCCCUGCGAUGCGCGAGAACGCGCCUGCGCCUCCGGAACGCUCCCACAGAACCCUGCCUGAGGCUCA